GAGACGGGAUUGGGAACAUUAAAUCGCUUGCAAUGAAGCGGAGAUCAAAGAUAAAGGAAAUACAAUGUGACAAUCGUGCAGAUCGAGAAACUAGUUCAAAAGAAUUUGAUAAUCUAUUUGUAAAUGCACCCAAACUUUUUGGCUGCCUUAGAGAAAUCCUGCAUUUAGCUUCUUCAAAUAAUAUUAGUCAUCAUGGCCGCAUCUCGUCUAAUUCUUAAUCUGUGUGCGUAAUAUGGCGUCAUGGAUGUGCGUUUCUGGAAUUUUUGGCAACUGUGUAUUAUAUGCAUAAGCAUAACUAAGCACGUUUGCAGCGCACCAGUUCCUUCCAAACACGUCAAUUUGAUUGUUUUUGUUAAAACGCUCAGGGUUUAACACAUUACGUCGUACCACAUUCUACACCUUGCCGCUUGGAAAUCGGCCAAACUUGUGUCUGGUAUCAAGCUAGCCUGAACAGAUACUUUCAGACAUCUAAUUUCUUCACCUCAUUCCUGAGACAGGACUGCGCCCACCCCUUGUGUAAGCAAUUUAAACCUGAUAGCAAACGAUCAUCUGCCUAUCUUUACACUGCAAAUAUCUGUUCACUUUAGAUCGACUCAAUAUCUCAUGCUCUUCCAAUAUCUAAUGAGCUUCUUUACCAUUAUCUUUGUCAUAUAAGCGUUAUGGUCUAUAUGUAGAAAGAUCCAUCCGGGCGGUAAACCUCUUCUGAUUAUCGAUGUAUUUUUUAAUGCAAGACAAAGCAGAACUUUGAUUUGUACAAUAGAGAAGCUGUCAAGACUCCUAUCUGACGCGCGCCUGUGUUGUUUUCUACUCAUGGAAAUGCUCAGUACAAGUGCCUGAAUGUGCACACCGACAAAACUUUAGUAAUAUGAAUUUAUUGCCAAGUGGAACAUGUUUUUAUUUAUCUGUAGUAAUCUGCUGGCUAACGUCAAGGGUCGACGGAUCUUUAUGGUACAUGGGAACCCUUGGAUCGCAAGUGAUGUGCGACAACAUCCCAGGGUUAGUCAACAAACAGCGGCAGCUGUGCCGCCAGCAUCCCAACAUUAUGCAGGCGAUCGGAGCCGGGAUUAAAGACUGGAUCGGGGAGUGCCAACAUCAGUUUCAGAACCACCGCUGGAACUGCAAUACCAUAGAGCGAGACCACAAUGUGUUCGGACGCCUACUGCUGCGUAGCAGUCGCGAAGCAGCCUUUGUGUACGCCAUCUCCUCGGCCGGGGUGGUCCACACCCUGACCCGAGCCUGCAGCCAGGGAGAGCUGCAGUCGUGCUCCUGCGACCCCACCAAGAAGGGCUCAUCCCGGGACGCCAAGGGGGCGUUUGACUGGGGCGGCUGCAGCGACCACGUGGAGCACGCCAUGAGGUUCAGCCAGGCCUUUGUAGAUGCCAAAGAGCGGAAGGAGAGAGAUGCCAGGGCUCUGAUGAACCUUCAUAACAACCGCGCCGGGAGGAAGGCAGUGAAGCGAUUAAUGUCUCUGGAAUGUAAGUGUCACGGCGUGAGCGGCUCCUGCAGUGUCCGGACCUGCUGGCUGGCCCUGGCCGACUUCCGCCGCACGGGCGACCAUCUGCGGCGGCGCUACAACGGGGCAGUGCAGGUGGUCAUGAACCAGUAUGGCACGGGCUUCACCACCGCGCAGCGACAUCUCAAACGGCCCAGCAAGAACGACCUGGUCUACUUCGAGGACUCGCCAGACUACUGCAUACGAGACCAAGAGUCCGGUGAGUCUGGCGUUUCAGAUUUACUCCACAGCUCUCCAUGUUCAAGGCAGAUAUAUACACUGACAUUGGACAGAUAGGCAAGCAAAGAGACUGACUAGACUGUGUGUGCUGUCUGUCUAUUUGACAUCUGACAUGACUGUCUGUCUGUAGAGCAGACCACCAUACUACUUGUCCAUAAUAUCUUCAGUAUGUGGUAAUAUCUUCAGAGGGUAACCGCUCAGUCUCUUGUACUUUAGGGUUAUUCUUCAUGCUGCACUGGAUAACACCAGAUGUAGAGUGUGUGAGUAAGUGCAAAAGAGAGGGAAUGCGUGUGUUUACGUGCGCGAGAGAGAAGAAAAGUGUGUGGUUGUGUGUGUGUGUGUGUGUGAGAUGGCAAGAAAAUAAAGUGGGUGUGACAGAGAGCGAGAAGGGGAGAAAAGUGUAAGUGUGUGUGAGAGAGAAAGGAAGAAAAGUGUGUGUGAUCCGGAGGACCUGGGUGUCUGUCAGGCAGCAGGUGAUCCGAGGCGAUCGGGUGUCGGCCAGUUUAAGGGCCAUUACACACUUCUUUGGGAUGAAACCCGACCUGCUGCACACUGCUAUAAAUUAACCCCCUCUGGAGCAAGGCACACACACACACACACACACACACACACCUCUGCACGCUUGCCCAUCAAAGCCAACCACCCCUAAUGCAGACCUGGGGGGCCUUUCUGAAGUUGCUUCCUCUCUUGGUCUCCUCUCCUUCAUUACACUGACCUAAAGUCACAGGAUAGGUGAAGGUAAUCCGGAGAACAGGUCUUUCAUGUCAGUGCAAAUGAAGGAAAGGAUACAAAGAAACAAAGCUGGUUUAGACUAUUGAGAUACUCAAUCUUGCAGUAGGCUACCUUUGCUGUUUUGAUGACUGUGUGAUGUACAGUUCUGUUUUGAAGUGUGUUUUGAAGAGUGCAUGUGUUUUGAAGUGUGUGUUUUGGAAGAGAGUCCUGUUUUGAACACUGAAUUGUACAGUACAGUUCCAGUGCAUGAAGACCCUUUAUGGGCUGUGUACAUGUGAGCAUGAAGAGUUCACUGAUCAGCGCCCAUCUUGUGAGAACCUCUCUCCACAGACAUUAGCUCCAGUCAUCUGGGACGACACACACACACACACACACACAGUGGAGACUGCACCCCCUUGUGCCUCUCCGAAGUGUGAAAUCAAUUUCCCUCAGCCGCAUGGAGGCUCAGGUGCUAAACUCAUCUCUCGGCACCCCCUCAUCUUAAUUCAAUAAGCAGACGCCAGGAGAGAAGAUAGAGGGGAAGGGUAUUUGUGACGUCCCCCUAGCAGCACAGCAUACCGGGAACUGAAGGAGGGGUGGACACGUUGUCGGCAGUGGGUGGAGUCUCGCCGUGCCCGGACAUUACCUGGCUGCGCUCCCUCUUUUUAUGCCUACCUCGCUCCUCCUUCUCAGCAGAGGAACAGAUGGAGUCAACUGGACAGAGGGAGAAAGAGCAGCGGGGCAUAGAAAUAGGCUGCCUAGAACAGACAUGAUCUGUUCCCAAUACCCAAAUCGACCCCUAGCUAGCCCCUUUAAGACAAGAGAUUUACCGUCACCUGUCCAGGGGUUUCACCAUAAUGCAGAGGAAGGAGCUAAAGAAGCUACUUUAGACUAUUGAGAUGCAUCCCAUUGAGGUUUGAGUAGAGGCCUCAAGAUGAAUAUUUACAAUUUAUUGAUCAGUUCAUCGUGUAAUUGUAUUAUGAGCCGAAUUCUGGGUUUGAGUCCAUUAAGCCUGUCAGAUGCCCUUGCAGCGUCCUCAUUCUGAGAUGAUAGGAGGUGCAAGAGUGUAUGACAGCCAACAGGGUGUGUGUUUGCGCCAGUGAGACUGUGUGCCAGCAGUAUAGACAGAAUGAAGGCGCCUGUAAAAUUAACACCUGAUGAAGACCCUGAGCCUCAGCUGAUGGCUUCUAUCAUCAAUCUCUCAUCUCUCCUCCGCCAUCCUGCCUCUUAUCCUUCCCUCUCCUCCCCCAUCCCAUCCCUUGCUUUCUCCCUCAGUCUGUUUUACCAGUUUAGAUUGAGUAUGCUGUGUUCUAUUGGAAUGAUGUCAAUACCUGUAGGGUAGUGGGGCUUAGACCGCUGUUUGCCAACAAUCACUCUAUUGCGGCUAAACUCUGGACUGCAGCCAGGUUGCUAGGAUUUUGAUUAAGUCUAUUUGGCGAGUUAUAAGCACAUUUGAAAAGGCUUGUAUGUGGGUCACAAGGUAAAACAAGCUUUAGGAAUGACUGAGUCGCGUAUAUUCUGUCUGUAUAUUGUCUCUUCAU